CGUGAAGGGUUCGCAGAGAAGCAGAGACAUAUCCAUAUAUUUCAGCGUUUAAUUCAAUAUCGAGACACAGGCGUUUAUAGAUACAUUUAAAUAUUCAGAUACGGGCAUAUAUACACGAUCCGAAAUGGAAAGUGGCAGGAAGCAAAUUAUCAACUUCGGGGCUGGUCCUGCCAAGCUACCACUGCCGGUCUUGCUCCAAGCACAGAAAGAACUGCUGGAUUACAAGGAACUUGGAAUUAGUGUUCUAGAAAUGAGCCACAGAUCUUCAGACUUCAUCAAAAUUGUCAACACAACAGAAAAUGAUCUGCGAGAACUGCUGAAUAUUCCAGAAAACUACAAGGUAAUUUUUCUCCAGGGAGGUGGAACUGGUCAGUUCAGUGCUGUCCCUUUAAACCUUAUUGGAUUGAAAGAAGAGAGGAGUGCUGAUUAUGUGGUGACUGGAUCUUGGUCUGCUAAAGCAGCCAUUGAAGCAGCGAAAUAUGGAAAAGUGAAUAUUGUUCAUCCCAAACUUGAUGCUUACAUAACAAUUCCAAAUCCAAGUAGUUGGAAUUUGAAUCCAAACGCUUCUUAUGUUUACUAUUGUGCCAAUGAGACGCUGCAUGGUGUGGAAUUUCCCUUUGUCCCAGACACAGAAGGAACUGUGCUGGUCUGUGACAUGUCGUCAUGUUUUCUUUCAAAGCCAGUAGAUGUCUCCAAGUUUGGUUUGAUUUUCGCUGGUGCUCAGAAGAACAUUGGUUGUGCGGGAGUGACUGUGGUAAUAAUCAGAGAGGAUCUUCUGGGAUUUGCAUUGAAGGAAUGUCCAAUAGUGUUUGACUAUAAAGUACAAGAGAGCAGCAAUUCUCUUUACAAUACUCCUUCAACCUAUAGCAUUUACAUUAUGGGUUUGGUCUUGCAAUGGAUUAAAAAAUGUGGUGGUGCUCAAGUGAUGGAACAAAACAGUAUUGCUAAGUCAAAGCUGAUUUACAAUGUAAUUGAUGGAUCCAAUGGAUUCUAUGUGAGUCUACCUGCUUCAAUCUACAGAAGUAGAAUGAAUAUUCCAUUCCGCAUUGGAAAUGCUAAUGGGGACAGUAUUCUUGAAACUGAAUUUCUUGACAAAGCUGCUAAACGCAAUAUGAUAUCAUUAAAAGGCCACAGGUCUGUUGGUGGAAUUCGUGCUUCCCUCUAUAAUGCUGUGACAGUGGAAGAAGCUCAAAAACUCGCAGAGUUUAUGAUCGACUUUAUGAAGGAGCAUCAUGUAUAAAAUAUUUCAGUGUUUUGGUUUUAUCGUUGCAUUGUAUUUCUGAAAUGUAGACCUCUAGAUUUUCAAGAGAUGCUGGAAAUAUUCAGCAGAUUUGGUGGCAUUGGUAGAAAAACGUUUUUUGAUUUAGUAUUUCUGGUUAUAGAGAGUAGUUGGAUAUUGCAGAACUUUAAUCUUACCGAAAAAGAUGCAUUGCCAAAGCUUCCCUCCUUACGCUUAUCAGGAUAAUUGACUAAUUUAAAGGAAAAUAACAAUUUUUGUAUGAGAGUGCUGAUUCGUAAAGUGUUGCCAUGGAGAGUACACCAAAUUAUAGUUCGUUGUCUGUUAACUGCCACAUUUGCUUUAAAUUUCAAACCAGACAGGUUGGUUGACGAUGGUAUUGCCCUGAGAACCAUUGACUCUCAAGUCAGCAAAAUAAGUGACACUGAUUCACUGGAUCAUUUUUCUCAGGGCAGUGUCUUGAUCAAUCAUUCGCUUCAUCUCUUUUGAAGGUUAAACUAAGGUUGGUGGCAAACAGUCAACCAACUAUUAAUUGGGAACUUUCUCUAUGGCAACACCGCUACCAACCAUUAUUCUCUCUCAUGCCAUGUAAAUAUUGGUUUUCCACUUAAAUUGAUAGUCUUACAAAUUAUUAUGGUAAUUGCAAUACAAAAAUUUUUGACAAACAAAAAUCUUUGACAAAAUGUCGUCUCUGAGAAAACUCAAUUUCCAGUUAAUGAUGGUUUUGAUAGUGGAUCAUUGACCUUAAACAGUCUCAUGCUUUACAGCCCUGCAGAACAUUUCCAGCAUCUUUAGCUUUGCUUUAAUGUGUGUCUUGUUAGUGAAAUACAUCUAAGAAUCUUUAAUCAUUUAUAAAUCAUGCUAUAUUAGUCUUUUUUUUUAAUUCUGGCACACCUGAACUAUCUAUUCAGGUUAUCAUUCUCUGUGAUAAACUACAUUUUUUAGUGGAGGAACUACCACUGAAUUAGCCAAGAACCAAUCUCAUUACAAAGCUUUUUUUUAAAAGUAUAGUCUCUCCCUUCAAUCCAGGCUCUCCUAAGUAAAGCUAACUUUCUAACUGAUUUUGUGGCUGUUUGCAGGGAAAAUGGUGGUUGCACAAUUUGCAAGUAAAAUAAAACCUGAAGAGUAUGGAUAGAAUGUAGCUUUGCUCUACAUUGUAGAGCUGAUCAGAUAUCCUGGCAUUUCACAUGGACCUGUAUUCAGAGUUUAGAAGAAUGAAACGUUUAAAAUUCUAAUUGGGCUGGAUGUAGGAGAUGCAGGGAGGACGUUUGCUGUGGUUGGAGAGCCUAGGACUAGGGACACAGUUUCAGGAUAUGGAGUAGAACUGAGAUGAGGAACAAUUUCUUCACUCAAAAGGUAGUGAACCUGGGGAAUUCUCUACCGCAGAAGGAUGUGGAGGCCAAGUUACUGAAUAUAUUCAAGAAUAAGAUUUUUCAAUUUAAAAGGCCUUGAGAUAAGGGGAUAAUGGUAUUGAGAUAGAGGAUCAGCCAUGAUCACAAUGAGUGGUAGUGCAGGCUUGAAGGACUAAAUUGCCUACUCCUAAUUCCUAGGUUUCUAUAUUCAAGAUAAUGAAAUCAUAGAAAAGAUAAAUAUUUUCACACUUUUUUUUGCAUUUUUUUUAUUGCCUUUGCCUUAGCCUAGCCAUUUAUGACAAUUGAAUCAUUGCAUUUUGUUUGGCAUAACAUUGAACUUGGUUUUUGUACUUAAUCUAGAAACUGUCUUUUAUGUUAGAAUUUGCUGCCAGGUAGUCAAAAUGCAAAUGAACAACUGUAUUUUAAGAAACCUGAAGUUUGACAUUUUCUAUUUUGAACUCCUUUGGUACAUGGACAAACUUUGGUUCAUCAGAAAUCACAAACUUUCUUGUGGUUCAGCAGAUUGUUGUUACGUUCCCAUUGCCCAGCAGUGGUUAACAUCUGAGUUUGUUUCCCGAGAGGGUGGUGGAUGUGAAGAUGGUCACUGAUUUCAAAGGAAAAUUAAAGGAACGUUUAAAGGACAUGAACUUUCAGAGCUGCAGGAAUAGAGAAGGGGAUAGUGUCUGAUUUGAAUCACUGUACAGAAACUGAGUUGACCAAAUGAUGACUUCUGUGCUAAGGCUCCGACUAGGGCAUUUUAACUAUACACAACAUGACAGGUGCACUGCUGGACCUACUUAGCAUUAACCAAACAUAAUUUAACAUCUAAUCCAACGACAACUUGUAGCAGAAAUUUAAGAAGUGAAUAAAUACCUUAUUUAAAUGGUUAAGUGGAAUGAGUGACUCAGUAAUUUAGCAAAAGCAUUUUUAAAAAAUAUUGCCAGAAAUUUAUAGAAUGACCUGAACUUUUAAUGUUUAGAACCGGUGAAAAAUGGUCAUAUCUCUUCCAGCAGGAUCUGCAAACGAAAACUAUCUUUGGACAAGCAGUUCCUGGAAUUAUUGUGAUCAACUAUUUGUGGCAUAUAUGUGCUCCAAUGCAUAAGCAUUCUUCAGCCAAGCAGCUAUCCUGAAUGCAUUCUGUGAUUUGGUAUGUGCUGUGUCUUGACCACCUGCUGGUGAUUGCUAUUUCACUGUCAGUGAGAAAUGGCAGCUAAAUGGCUGAGAGCCAAAUUACUACAAACUCAAAUGUGUCUUGUUGUUAGUUGGUGAUUUGUGCCCAUAACUAAGCCCCUGAUUUAAAUCAAGAGGCAAGAUAAUUAAUAUUAGCAUGAUACUUUAAAAUAUAACUUGGGAAAUGUUGAUGGGCUUAAGGGGAUUCCUUUCCCUUGUUGGUAAAUCCAGAAAUAAUCUCUGAAUAAGGGAUCAGGAUAUGGAAGAUAUAGACUGUAGGGAAAUAAAUGGUGACAUCUUGCAAAAUGUCCAGAUUACAGAGGAGGAAGUGCUGGAUGUCUUGAAAUGGGUAAAGGUGGAUAAAUCCCCAAGACCGGAUCAGGUAUACCCAAGAACUCUGUGGGAAGCCAGAGAAGUGAUUGCUGGGCCUCUUGCUGAGAUAGUCAAUAGUCACAGGUGAGGUGCUGGAAGACUGGAGGUUGGCAAAUGUGGUGGCACUGUUUAAGGAGGGCAGUAAAGACAAACCAGGGAACUAUAGACCAGUGAGCCUGACCUCGGUGGUGGUCAAGUUGUUGGAGGGAAUCCUGAGGGACAGGAUGUACAUGUAUUUGGAAAGGCAAGGACUGAUUAGGGAUAGUCAACAUGGCUUUGUGCGUGGAAAAUUGUGUCUCACAAACUUGAUUGAGUUUUUUUUUGAAGAAGUAACAAAGAUGAUUGAGGGUAGAGCAGUAGAUGUGAUCGAUUAUGGACUUCAGUAAGGCAUUCGACAAGGUUCCCCAUGGGAGACUGAUUAGAUCUCAUGGAAUACAGGGAGAACUAGCCAUUUCAUACAGAACUGGCUCAAAGGUAGAAGACCAGAGGGUGGUGGUGGAGGGUUGUUUUUCAGACUGGAGGCCUGUAACCAGUGGAGUGCCACAAGGAUCGGUGCUGGGUCCUCUACUUUUUGUCAUUUAGAUAAAUGAUUUGGAUGCAAGCAUAAGAGGUCCAGUUAGUAAGUUUGCAGAUGACACCAAAAUUGGAGGUGUAGUGGACAGCGAAGAGGGUUACCUCCGAUUAAAACUGGAUCUUGACCAGAUUGGGGAAAUGGGCAGAGAAGUGGCAGAUGGAGUUUAAUUCAGAUGAAUGCGAGGUGCUGCAUUUUGGGAAAGCAAAUCUUAACUGGACUUUUACACUUAAUGGUAAGGUCCUAGGGAGUGAUGCUGAACAAUGAGACCUUGGAGUGCAGGUUCAUAUCUCCUUGAAAGUGGAGUCGCUGAUAGAUAGAAUAGUGAAGGAGGCGUUUAGCAUGCUUCCCUUUAUUGGUCAGAGUAUUGAGUACAGGAGUUGGGUGGUCAUGUUGCGUCUGUACAGACAUUGGUUAGGCCACUGUUGGAAUAUUGCGUACAAUUCUGGUCUCUUUCCUAUCGGAAAGAUGUUGUGAAACUUGAAAGGGUUCAGAAAAGAUUUACAAGGAUGUUGCCAGGGUUGGAGGAUUUGAGCUAUAGGGAGAGGCUGAACAGGCUGGGGCUGUUUUCCCUGGAGCGUCGGAGGCUGAGGGGUGACCUAAUAGAGGUUUACAAAAUUGAGGGGCAUGGAUCGCGUAAGUAGGCAAAGUCUUUUCCAUGGGGUCGGGGAGUCCAGAACUAGAGGGCAUAGGUUUAGGUGAGAGGGAAAAGAUCUAAAAGAGACCUAAGGGGCAACUUUUUCACGCAGAAGGUGUUUCGUGUAUGAAAUGAGCUGCCAGAUAAAGUGGUGGAGGCUGGUACAAUUGCAACAUUUAAAAGGCAUCUGGAUGGGUAUAUGAAUAGGAAGGGUUUGGAGGGAUAUGGGCCAGGUGCUGGCAGGUGGGACUAGAUUGGGUUGGGAUAUCUGGUCGGCAUGGACAGGUUGGACCAAAGGGUCUGUUUCCAUGCUGUACAUCUCUAUGACUAUGGCUAUGACUAUCAGCAAUUUUAGGACUUUAUUCUAGGAGUUGUGGGUCUCUGAAUUCUCGUAUUCCAGAGGGCUGGGGCAUUUCAGUUCCUAAAUAUACUUGAGACAGAUCAGUAGAGUUUUGUUUUUGAUCUCUCUUCGCCACAGUUCCAUAUAUCCAUCAGUGACUACACUGAAUGAUAACCCAGAUUGGAAGGGCUAGGAGAUUUAUUACUUCUCCAAUCUCCUAUGCAUUUUGAGAGUUUCCCAGUUCCCCACCCCGCCUCACCCCGUAUAAAGAUUCAUUCCUCUUUGUGUCUCGGCAGCCUUUUUGUUUCUUUGAAGAUAUGAAGUGUUUUGAAGGAAAAAUUUAGUGGCAUAGUUGGAUGAAGUUUCGUGACGAAAACCAUUUUCCUUGUCACAAUGAUUAGCAUUUGGAAUGCUUUUCCUGAGCAUGGUUGAUACAGGUUUUGAAGGAGAGAAAAUUGAAGGGUUAAAAGAAACAGAUUUAUUAAUUUGCAAGUAGCUGAAUAUUUGUACGCAUCUAUUAAUUGUAGAUUGCUCUGCUCUGAAUUUUAAACCUGGAAUACAAGGUGCACAUCACAUGGCCUUUUUUUUUCAGUUUUGGUUUCUCAGGCCUCAUUCCAAUAUCUCAGAACUACCUCCUAUCUGAACGUUAUGGAAAUUUAAUGCAUUGGUAGGUGGGUAGAAGCAGAAAACUGGGGCAACAAGCAGUGUCCAAGAAAUGAAUAGACUUUUUAAAAAAAAUUGUGUGUAGGCGUCAGUUUGAACUUUUGAUUUAUGGAUAUUAAAACAAGUACAUUUUGUGCCAAUGAAUAACUUGGAAAAUUAAAUAACAACUAUAAUAAUGAAGGCUUAUUUGAUUUUUGUUGGGGAUUUAAUUCAGUUAAUUACCUCCGCAUGAAAAAUGUGAGAAAAUAUGGAACUGUCAAUGUAUUACUUGAUAGCCCAUUCAUACACCCACAGUCAGAUUUUUCACUAAGCUGUAUCAUCUCUGGAGAAAUUUUAAAAUUGGUUUGGAUGUUCACAUCUGGAACCCCUACUCAAUUACUGAACAAUAUUAUUUUGACUGACAGGUGGGGAAAUGGGACAGGCAAGAUUCUCACUGGUGAAAAUGUGUUGCUGGAAAAGCACAGCAGGUCAGGCAGCAUCCAAGGAACAGGAAAUUCGACAUUUCGGGCAUAAGCCCUUCAUCAGGAAUGCUUCCUUGGAUGCUGCCUGACCUGCUGCGCUUUUCCAGCAACACAUUUUCAGCUCUGAUCUCCAGCAUCUGCAGACCUCACUUUCUCCUCGAAGAUUCUCACUGGGAAAAUCUCAGCAGAGCAGUUUGAAUUACUGAGUUCAAACAUGCCCUGUUCUUGCUAUUUCAAGGGCUGUUACCCUCAAUGUGAGGGUUUGAAAUUUAAGGAGUCGCCUUUAAAUUCAGAUGACACUUCAACUGACCUAGCAUGCCCUUCAAGAGCAUUUAUGACAUCUUACUUUGCCAUCCCCACCACCUCUCUUGACUCCUCUGCAUUCGCUCAUUGCAUAUUGUAUUUUCAACCUCCAGUACUGGCUGAAUAGGUGUUUCCUCCAACCAAAUAUUGGAACAUCAAAAGCCCUUGGGUACAGGUCUCAUUGCUAACUCCAUUCCUGAGCCAUUGAUUUCAUCCCUCUCAUUGAGCAGCGUUUAAGACAUAACUGACUAAAUGAAUGAAUCUGACUGUUUGCACUCUUGGCUUCUUCUUGGACUCAGUUGGAAUGUCCAGCUAUGUAUCUAUGCCAUCCCUGACCUACCACCAUCUCUGUGACAUGUCUAGUCACAUGUUUGACUGGAAGCCCUCAUUUCAGAUCUUUGUUACCUUGGGACUCGCCUGUUUUAAUGCUCUUCUGACUAUCUUCCAUUGAGUUUCUACUCUCCCAAAACUCUGCCUUUCAAGCAUGACCUGUUCACCCAUCACCUCUGUUUAGUCUCACUGAACUCCCUUAGCAUAAAGUUCAGGAAAGACUUGAUUUUAAAAGGCUAAGUUUGCAGACUAACAAUAGAGGGCACAGAUCUGAUAAAGGUUAAACAAAAAAUAGGGCUUUAAUUUCUUAUAUUUUGU